AGGCUCCCAAAACAAUUUCCAAAUGUUGCCUCACAUCUAUUCUGAUGGUGGGGAGUGAUGGUCGAUGACAUCUAUGAUCAACUGCGUUACCUUGCUUGAGCAAAUUCGAAUCACUCACUGGUCACUCAUCGUGUAAUGCCUGAUUGUUUUCAAAAUGGAAGCGCAGAAGAAUGCACGUGAACUUUUCACUGAAGCAGUGAGAGCAGUCCUAGAAACUUGGCCUGUUUUACAGAUCGCAGUUGAUAAUGGGUUUGGAGGCGUGUACGGCCAACAGAAGGCAGACUGGAUGGUGGAUGUGGUCCAACAAUAUUUUCAUGACAACGCAAACCUGCAGCCAGAUGAAGUGGAGGACUACAUAGCAGACCUUAUGAACAAUGAGUUUGAUACAGUGGUGGAUGAUGGCAGUUUACCUCAGGUGGCACAGAAAGUUAGCCAGAUCUUCACGCAGUGUCAACAAGGAAAGCUUGCAGAGGUCAAAGAGCAGAUAGCCAAACUUAAGAAGAAGAGUGCAGAACGAGCCAAGGUCACACCUCAACCAAACAAUGCUGAUGGAGAGGAGAGUGAUGGAGAUGAGACAGAGUCCAUGGAGUUUGAAGCAGCAACGUCAACAAACCCCCCGAGUAGUGCAGCACCCAAACAGACAGAUAAACCCCAGUCUCAAGAGGAAGACGAUGGCUGGACGACGGUAGUGCGCAAGAAGUGACACUACUGUAGCAGUCCAAGUAAAGAACAGAGGAAGUGCCGAGUGAAUAAAUGAAUUAGGAUUUUACUGCCGCUUAAGCUCUGGAAUCGCUUCCUAACACUGUUGCUGUUUUCUUUUAUACGUGUCCCUCCUAUGGCUCUGUCAUAUUGGGAGGAUGGACAUAUCUUCUGAUGAGCUGAGGAAAACCUGGACACGUAUACCUCGGAGUUCAUUUAUGCAGGUGUCAGGAGGCAUCUGACGAACUGUCACUGUUUAUUACAAGAAUUUCAGUGUUUUUGUAAAGCUGCAUGUGUGGAAUUACAUUUAAAAAGGAGUACAUUGAAAUCCAUUUAAGUAGCGAUUAAGUAACCAUCUUUAUAGUGUAUACCACUCACCUACACAAUGGUGUGUAUUACUGAGAAAGGGAUAGAAAGUGUAAGCCUUUGCACUGAUCACAAUUACAUUAACUGUGAUCCAUGUUCUCUUUUGAUAUCAGAUGGAUAGAAGUCUACCUGCUUACAGCAUAUUACUAUUUACAGUAUCAUAGUAAAAGUUGUCUACAGUGCUAAAUACAAAACUUGUCAACAGCCAACUUAAGAAUAGUAAAUUAAGUACAUUAAAUCAAUUCACCAUCUCUUGGCCACAUUAUGACAGUGGCGUACAGUACUCUAAAUAAACUGGCUGAAUCUGG